AUGCCUGCACGAACUGCUGGGAAGCAGAAGCCGCCGCACAAACCGAACAAGACAGAACUCAAGAAGCAGAAGAGGAAGCGCGACCAUGAGGACCUGCAGAAGCUCGAGCAGGCCAUUGCCGAGCUGGACCCCAAGUCUGGCAAAUUAAAGACGUUUGCCGACUUGUCUUCAGCCAUUUCCCCUGCGACGGCAUCCGGCCUUCAUGCGUCCCACUUCACAAACAUGACCGAGAUCCAGGAACAGGCGAUUCCGCUGGCAUUGAAGGGCAAGGACAUCCUCGGCGCGGCCAAGACGGGCAGCGGAAAGACAUUGGCCUUCUUGGUCCCGGUGUUGGAGAAGCUCUAUCGCGCACAAUGGACAGAGUUCGACGGCCUGGGCGCUCUGAUCCUGUCCCCGACUCGCGAGCUGGCGGUUCAGAUUUUCGAAGUGCUGCGCAAGAUUGGGCGACACCACGCCUUUUCAGCAGGCCUGGUGAUUGGUGGCAAGAGCUUGAAAGAGGAGGCCGAGCGGUUGAUUCGAAUGAAUAUUCUUGUCUGCACGCCGGGGCGAAUGCUGCAGCACCUGGACCAGACGGCCGGAUUCGACGCGAACAACCUGCAGAUCCUGGUGUUGGACGAGGCGGACCGAAUCAUGGACAUGGGCUUUCAGUCUGCGGUUGAUGCGCUGGUUGAGCAUCUGCCCAAGACGCGCCAGACGCUCAUGUUCAGUGCGACGCAAAGCAAGAAGGUCUCCGAUCUUGCCCGACUGAGCCUCAAGGACCCCGAAUACGUCUCUGUGCACCAAGACGCCUCUACAGCUACGCCUACGACCCUCCAGCAACACUACAUUGUCACACCGCUCCCCGAGAAACUCGACACAUUAUAUGGCUUCAUCAAGGCCAACGUCAAGAGCAAGAUUAUCGUCUUCCUCAGCUCCGGCAAGCAAGUCCGGUUCGUCUACGAAAGCUUUCGACACCUUCAGCCUGGUAUCCCGCUACUGCAUCUGCACGGUCGCCAGAAGCAAGUGGCGCGACUGGAAAUCACAAACAGAUUCACCGCCGCAAAGACAUCAUGUCUGUUCGCAACCGACGUGGUUGCGCGAGGCAUAGAUUUCCCCGCGGUUGACUGGGUCAUACAGGUCGAUUGCCCCGAAGAUGCUGACACCUACAUCCACCGAGUGGGACGAACAGCCAGGUUCCAGAGCAAUGGUCGCGCCGUUCUUUUCCUCGACCCCAGCGAAGAAGAGGGGAUGAUCAAGCGGCUAGAGCACAAGAAGAUUCCCAUACAGAAAGUGCACGUCAAGGAGAAGAAGAAGAAGAGCAUCAAGAACAACCUGCAAGACAUGUGCUUCAAGUUCCCCGACCUCAAGUAUCUGGGCCAAAAGGCAUUCAUCAGUUACACAAGAUCCAUCCACCUGCAGAAGGACAAGGAAGUGUUCAAAUUUGACGCACACGACUGGGACGCAUACGCAGCGAGCCUGGGUCUGCCCGGAACCCCACAGAUCAAAUUCCAAAAGGGCGAGGACAUCAAGAGGAUAAAGAAUGCGCCCCGCCACGGCAUGUCGAGCGACUCAGAGUCAGACAUGGACCUGGAUGGAGCGUACGACAAGAAGAAGAAGGACAAGAAGAAGGCAGAGGUGCGGACAAAGUACGACAAGAUGUUUGAGCGAACAAACCAGGACGUCUUGUCAAGCCACUACUCCAAGCUCGUUAUAAACGGAGACGACGCAGCCAAGGGAGACGAAGAAGAAGACGACGAUUUCCUGGCCGUCAAGAGGCGCCUCAACGACGAGGACCUCGACCAAAUCGCCGGCAAGGCGCCCGCCAACAACGCCAAGAUCAUACCCCUGGGCGGCAACGACCUGUACGUCGUCGACUCGAAGCGCCGCGAAAAGGCGCUGCAGUCCAAGAAAAAGAUGGCCAAGUUCCUCGGCAACGGCUCCAAGCUCGUCUUUGACGACGACGGCAACGCGCACGAGGUCUACGAGCUGCAGAACGAGGAAGACUUCAAGCAGCAAGGCCCUGCGGAGGAGCAGCGGAAAAAGUUCCUCGAUACCGAAGCGGUCCGGGUCAAGGAGGCCGAUCUGGACGACAAGAUGCUUGCGAAGCAGCGCAAGAGGGAGAAGAAGGAGAAGCGAAAGGCCAGGGAGGCGGCAGAGUUCGCUGCUGCUGCUGCUGCUGCUGGGGGAGGCGAGGCGCAGCUUCCUGGUGCCGAUGGAGAGGAUCCGCUGGCUUUGUUGCGCUCUUUGCCGAUUGCUGGCGAAGACGAGCAUGGUGGUUCCGAUGCGGAGCCGCCGCGGAAGAAGCCCAAGAAGUGGUUCCAGGACGAUUCAGAGGACGAGGAGGAUACGAAGAAGAAGAAGAGCAAGGCCGGGAAGAAGAAGAAGGGGGGCAAGGUCAUCGAAGUCGACCAGGAGCCCGAAACGCUGGAGGAUCUGGAGGCUUUGGCUGCGGGCUUGCUAGAUGGUUGA